AUGCAUUCCCUUCACCAGAAUUAUCUUGGUUAUUCUCCCCAUAUCCCUAUGGGUGGGCACUUUAUUAAGAAAGAUGAAGUGGGAGGGAGAUCCCAGAAGAAGAAUGCAGUCUGGGUGGCCUCAGAAGCAUCCAUGCUCACUGCAGAUAAAGCGUUCCUAGUUUCUGGAACUCUCAGCUUAGCCUGGCCCAAGUCUAAUAGGCCAUCUCACCUGUCUAGGUGUGACCUACCUGCCUCUGCUGCACAUCUAGUCUUUCCUCCCUGUAAUACCAGUUUCCGUACAUUCACCAACAAAUUCAAGAAUCUUCCAAGUGAAAAAGCAAAUGGAUUCCUCCCCUCUCCCCAAAGUUUCUGA